AUGAGGAUCGAGCACUGCUUCUUCUGCUCCGCGCCCUGCUACCCGGGCAAGGGCAUCACGUUUGUGCGCAACGACGCCAAGGUGUUCAAGUUCUGCAAGUCCAAGUGCCACAAGAACUUCAAGAUGAAGCGCAACCCGCGCAAGGUCCGCUGGACAAAGGCCUUCCGCAAGGCCGCCGGCAAGGAAAUGGCCGUCGACACCACCCUCGAAUUCGAAAAGAAGCGCAACGUCCCCGUCCGCUACGACCGCGAGCUCAUCCGCACCACCCUCACCGCCAUGCAGCGCAUCCAGCAGAUCAAGACGCGCAGGGAGGUCGCCUUCUACAAGGCCCGCAUGCAAAAGGCCGGCGUCAAGUCCAAGGCGAGGGAGGCAGACCGCCUCGCCGUCCACAGAAACGCCCACCUCCGCGACUCGAUCGAGGCAUCCCGCAAGCUCGCCGCCCAGCGCGCAUCGUCGUCGGCCGACAAGAUCAAGGUCCGGGCAAAGGCGAGGAGCGCCCUCGUCGGCCCAGCAGAGGGCGGCAUGGCAAUGGGCAUGGACAUGAGCUAG